CUCCUUAAUUACAUAUAUCUCAGCUCUUAUCACAGACAGUGGCCGUGUUCAUUCAAACAAACAUGGAGAACAAAGAUAAUCAGAAGCUUCACAUCGCCAUGUUCCCAUGGCUAGCCUAUGGCCACAUAAUGCCAUUUCUCGAAGUCUCCAAGUUCUUAGCUCAAAAGGGUCACCGAGUCUCCUUCAUCUCCACCCCCAAAAACAUCCAGCGCCUCCCCAAAUCAUCCCUAUCUCCUCUCAUAACUUUGGUCGAGCUUCCUCUGCCGGCCAUUGAAGGCUUGCCACAUUCCACAGAGUCCACCUCCGAGCUACCAAUUCACAAAGUCCCUUUCCUCAAAAAAGCCUACGACUUGCUCCAGCCUCCACUCACGCAUUUCCUCCAACACUCGGACGUCAACUGGGUCAUCCACGACUUCAUUUGCCAUUGGCUACCCCGAGUCGCGACUCAGCUCGGAAUCAACUCGGUUUACUUCAACAUCUUCAGUGCCACUACAUUGGCUUUCCUUGGCCCUCCCUCUGAGCUACUCGGAGGUCAACGCCAGCGGCCGGAGGACUUCACGGUUGUGCCGAAAUGGGUUGACUUUCCUUCUAAUGUUGCUUUUAAGCUCCAUGAGAUGGUCAGCCACUGGGACUGCAUGGACGACGAGGUCUCCGAUUUUCAGAGGUUCGCGGAUGCGAUUCAAUAUUGUAACUUGGUGACCACGAGGAGCACUCCCGAGUUCGAAUCCGACUCAGUGAGUUUACUCAGGAAACUGUACGGUAAACCCGUUGUUCCACUCGGGUUGUUGCCACCCAGCUCAGUGCCACGUCAGCACGGUGGCGCUGAUGAUCAGGUGGAUGAGAAGUGGGAAGUGUUGAGAGAGUGGCUCGACAAUAAGAAAGAGAAAUCAGUGAUUUACAUUGCACUCGGUACUGAGGUGACUCUGAGUCAAGAGUUGAUGCACGAGUUAGCUCAUGGGAUAGAGAAAUCCGGCUUGCCUUUUAUUUGGGUGGUCAACAAUCGCCCACUAGUGGAAGGCAUGUUGGGUGCGGAUGUUAUUCCACCCGAGUUUCCAACUCGGGUGGCUGACCGCGGUUUGGUGUGGAGAGGUUGGGCCCCUCAACUUAAGAUAUUGGGUCACUCGUCGGUUGGGGGUUUCUUAACUCACUGUGGUUGGAGUUCGGUUAUCGAGGCUCUCGGGUUUGGAAGGGUGCUUAUUUUGUUUUCCGGGACAAAUUCGGAUCACGGGUUGAUUGCGAGAUUGUUGCACGGGAAACAGGUCGGGUUGGAGAUACCGAGGGACGAGCAAGAUGGGUCAUUUACGCGUGACUCAGUGGCUGAAUUGACUCGCCGAGUGAUGGUUGACAAAGAAGGUGAGUCACUCAGGUCAAAUGCAUGGGCCAUGAAGGAGAUUUUUGGCAACAAAGAGCUGAACAACAAGUGCCUGGACGAGUUCACUCGGUUCCUUGAAACAUGGCCAGCUUCAACCUAAUCACUCUGCACAAUCAAUGCCUUGGGGCCUCUUGUCACAAAUUGUGCUUAAGAUGCUUGCCUUUUAUUUAUUUCUUUUUUCUUCUUUGUCCACAAUAAUAAAGGCAUUGCAGUUGGAUGUGGUCAUAUGAUCAUCCAAAGAAAAAAGUUAUGGUUUAUAUUAAUUUCCGAGGCAGCUGAAUCUUUUUGUAAAUAAC